UGGACCAAGCAUCAGUCGCCUCCAGGUCUUAGUCAAGUUUUGGAAAUCUCAAUUAAUAGCACCAUGAAGGUCCUCGUUUGUUUGGUAGCUCUCAUCGCCGUCGCUUCAGCAGGAUAUCUCGGCGGGUACGGUGGAGGAUUCGGCGGAGGAUACGGUGGCGGAUACGGAGGAUAUGGUGGUUACGGCCAUGGCGGCUAUGGUGGCUUUGGUCAUGGUGGUUAUGGCGGCUACGGAGGACUCGGUGGAUUAGGAGGAGGAUACGGAGGGGGCAUCGCCAAAGUCGUCAAAGUUGUAACUCCAGCUAUUAGCAUUGGCCAUGGAUUCGGCGGUGGAUACGGAGGAUACGGAGGUGGUUAUGGCUUCGGAGGUGGCUAUGGAGGUGGUUAUGGAGGUGGCUAUGGAAAGAAAUGGUGGUAAAUUGACCACUCCCUCUCCAACAGUAUCCCUUACAAAAAAAAAAUUGUUUUGUUAGAUUUUAAUAAAAAAAGUUAAAAAUUAAAA